AUGGCUCACAACCUUCCCAGGCCCGUUCUUCCGAAUGUAGUUCCCACCUCAGAUGCAGCAUGCACUGUGACCCACGUCUCGCUUUCAAAUGAAUCAUCACCCAAAUUCACGCCCGGCACCCGCGUCUCCCCGAUCCAGGACAUCGCCUCCCUCACCACAGAUCCGCCGUCGCAAACGCGCUGCUGGCUCGCUGCUGACACCGACGGCGUUCUCGCUACACAUGUUGUCUUCCCUGAGCAUGUUCUCGUCAAGAUUCCCACUCACCUCAGUGAUGCCGAAGCCAGCAUUUUACCUUGUGCGGGGGUGACUGCUUGGACUACGCUACAGGGUCUGAAGAAGGGAGAUGUCGUGUUAAUCCAAGGCACUGGAGGUGUUAGUCUAGUCGCGGUCAAAUUUGUUGUGGCGAUGGGUGGGAAAGUCAUUCUCAGCACGGCAAGUGCGGAGAAAGCUAGACGAGUCGAGAAAUUGUUCAGUGGAACGGAAGGAUCAAUCAUAGGCUCGGUCAACUACGCGAGCAAUCUGGAUUGGCACGAGGAAGUGCUGAACCUCACCGGCGGAGUUGGCGUGGAUCUUGUGCUUGAGAAUGGCGGUACAAGCUCGCUUGUCAAGAGUUUCAAAUGUACCAAGAGAGGCGGUAUCGUAAGUCAAGUGGGUUACUUGGGAAAGCAGGAUCCGGCGGAACUCAAAGAAAUGCUCCCUCUGCUGAUUGAUAGGAAAAUCCUCCUGCGAGGGAUCAACGUGGGGAGCAGGCAGGAUUUCGAAGAAAUGAAUCAAUUCAUUGAUCAGCAUGGAUUACAUUUUGUAGAGCUGAUCGAUAGGACGUUUAGUUUCGAGGACGCAGAAAGGGCCAUCGAGUAUCUGGGAGAGGUCGGGCCAUUUGGGAAGAUCAUUAUCGAGGUCAAGAAAUCAGAGUCUUUGACAUAA